AUGACAAGGCAGGCCAAACUACCUCCUGACAUUCCCAUGCUCUGGCGACCCAUCCGGCUUCCUCACCGUACACGUGCCCCACCAGCCUCUCCACCAUCCUUGCACCACGGCUCCCCAACCACCUCUCCAUUCUCCCUGUGCCCCGCCAGCUCAACCCACCUCCCCAACGCCCCUGUACCCCCUCCGGACCAACCCAUCUUCCCACCAUCCCUGCAACCCUGCUGCCAACUCAGCUCCCACACCUUCCUACACCCAACCAGCACCCCAACUGCCCAACCUGCCUACCCGCCCUUCCCCCACCCUCCCCUAGCAGCCCAACCCGCUCCUCCUGACCUCACAGCAAGACCUGGCGCCCAACCGGCUUCCCUGCCGGUGGCCCACCCCUGGCGGCCCAAUCCGCCUCCCUGCCCUCCCACCCCUUUCCCCUGGCCCCCGGCCCAAACCCACCCCGGGGCCCAACCCCGCCCGACCGCCCACCCCUGGCCCGGCCCAAACCCGCCCGCCUAUGCCAGCCCACCCCUGGCGACCCAACCCGCCUCCCUGCCAUCCCAACCCGCCUGGUGA